GUCUUUAGUGGACAUAAAUGAUGGUGCCAGCUUGCCCCAAUAGCACCAUAUUACAGCCCAUGAGCAGCUCCUGUCUACAGCGCACUCCCUCAAUACUGGACCAAUUUCAGAUGUUGUCCCUAUUAGUCAGUGAAACACAAAAACUACGAAAGAAAAUGGGGUCUAGGUUGAAAAAUAUCGAAGUUACGCUCAAAUAAAACUAUUUAGUUCUGUCUCCUGAGUGGUCUCCCUGCUCUCUGUCCAACCUUGAGAUGGCUCUUAACAGCAGGUAUGUUACCUGAAUGUUUACAUCACUUCCUUAAAAUGAAUAAUAAUCAUUCAUCACAGAUAAACUUUAUUACAUUCAUCAUAUACAUACAUGGAAUUUGACCUCUGCAUUUAACCCAUCCUAAGCAUAAGGAGCAGUGGGCUGCUGUGAAGCAGUCCAGUGAGCAACUUGGGUUUCAGUGUCUCGCUCACGGACACUGGGACAUGCAGACAGGAGGAACCGGGGAUCAAACCUCCAACCUCGUGGUUAAAGGACGACCGGCUCAACCCACUGAGUCCCAGAUGUUCAUGGCUUUAUGAGGCUUCACAGACUGAAAGAGAGGAGCAGAGAAGAGAUGAGGAUGGAAAAAGUUCUUCUCAGCAUCGUCGCUCUGUCAGGGCUGUGUGCUGUCUCAUCACCUGCUAAACGUCAAUACCAUUUUGUUUAUGACCUGAAGAACAUGACUGAAGCACAAAGUUACUGCAGAGAGAAAUACACAGACCUGGCCACUAUAGACAACAUGGAGGAUAUGACGAUCCUGAACAACACGGUGGAUUUAAACAAAACGGUCUACCUACAUAACAGCUAUCGAGCCUGGAUAGGGCUGUACGUUGGCCUGGGCAGCUGGAAUUGGUCACUGUCAGACACAAGUUUCUACAAACACGGGGAGACGGAGUUCAGACGAUGGGCCUCUGGAGAACCGAACAACAUGAACAAUGAACACUGCACGCAAAUGUAUGAUGAUGGACUAUGGAAUGACCUCUAUUGUGGUGGACACUUGAAGGCAGUCUGCUUAUAUGUCAGAGGGCCGAAUGUGAAAUUUAUCUUCAUCAACAUGUCCAUGACAUGGACUGACGCCCAGAGCUACUGCAGAGAUCGCUACACAGACCUGGCCAGUGUGAGAAACAUGACAGAUAACCAGAAGGUACAGGAGCUGGUACCUGCAGGAGAAAAAGUCUGGAUCGGCCUUUUCAGAGAGUACUUGAAGUGGUCGGACGGAAGUAACUCCUCAUUUAGGUACUGGAGACAGGAUACUCGGGAGCCUAAUAACAACGAUGGGCAGGAGGCUUGUGUGGCUGCAAACUUCGGCCUCUCUGGACGAUGGGAGGACUGGCCCUGUGACGACAAGAGAGCAUUCAUUUGCUACAGUCUACCUACAACAACAAAGCAAGUGAUAAGACUGAGUCUGCUGAAAGAGGACCCCUCUCUGGAUCUGAAUGACCCUGCUGUGAUGGAGAGCAUCUUGAAGCAGCUCAAACAGAGGCUGAAGGACCAGGGGGUGAAUGACGACAUUAAACUGAGCUGGAAGAAGCAGCCGGAUGGAAAAGUCUUCCACAAGGAGAAGAAGAAGGACUAAAAGAAUGAGCUUUAAUGUUGAAUUGCUCUGUCUGUUUUCAUCAGAGAAAAGUGGAUUCCUUUCCUCAAAGUCCUCAUGUAACGGGUCAGAAUAGAGCUGCAAACAAUUAGCUGAUUAAUCAAUUAGUCGCAACUAUUUUGAAAAUGAAUUAAUGCUUUUAGUCUAAUGUUGUGAAGAAUCUUUAAAAGCUAUUUUGAAUAAAAAAAAAACUUCAUUAAAGAGUAGUAUUGCAUCCAAAAAUAAACAUGAAACCUUCAAAAUGCAAACUUAUACAGAACAUAAUUAUAGGUAUUAUUGUUAUGCUGUCAUCUAAUUAGGGAUGCAAAACUUUAAGGAAUUUCCCUAAAAUUAUUUACGUGACUUUUCAUGUGAUUGUAAUAUCUUCGAAGCAAAAAAUACCAAAUAUUCGCUGGUUCCAGCUUCUCAAAUAUUCUUUGUGACAAUGGGUCUGUAACUCUGGUUUUAAGGUUCUUUUGGUAGUAUUCCUUGGUGGCGGCGCAUCAAACAAUUAAUGUGGCUCCUUUCCCCCUCCCCCUCUCCACUGGGUUUCUUCAAGUUUCUUUUUGUCAUUUUAACUUUUGAAUCAAAGAGCGGCAGUCCCGUGACCCGGAAGUAAAAGGAAACAUGUCAAAAUAAAAGCCAAGAAGAUAGUUUGGUAAUUCUAUAAAAGUGUAACUUUACUGUUAUUUUAGCAUAGGAUCGGGGGAACGGUAGAAGAUAAAUAGGCUAAAUAAAUACAUACAUAGCUGCAUAAAUAGAUUUUUUUUUAGUUUUGUUCUUUUCAUUAACACACAAAUGUCUUUUAUCCCAAAUGUGUGUGAUCAAUUACAGGGAGGGUCUCUACAGAUGUUAUACAGAACUCUCACGUAAUUGAAACUUUUCUCUCUCACACUCUUACUAUGGGCUGUUUUUUAUAUGUGGCUACUCCUUUCAACACACCCGACACUUCCACCAGAUCCCUUGCACUCCUCUAGGAAGGCUGCAGUCUGGUAGUUGUAGUUCUGUUUUCACCCAGUAGAGUGUACCAUAGGACCAGUAGUCUAUUUCAUGCUCGAGACAGGAGUCCGGUUGGAGCCAGAUACAUAGAAAGGAUGAUAGAAGGCUACUUUAGCUUAUUUGAAUAAGAUUAUUUCACAGUUAUUAAGCAGUGAAUAUGUUCAUAAUGCUCUAUGAUCUAGCUCUCAAAAGACACAAAGAUACACAAUCCUUUUUGUUAUUUUUCCAGACAUGGUCAAUGCAGAGCCUGGCAAAUUAUGAUUAAGAUAAUGUAUUGUAUUUUUGGGUUGUUUUUUUUGUGAUGUACUAUUUAGUUGUGCAGCGUGAAUUAAAAGCCUAAUUAAUUAAAUGAAAAUUGCCUUUGUGGUCCUUUCCAGCAGAGGUCCCCACCUCACCGUCUCAGAGCAGUGGCUCUGUGCAUGUCUCCUCCUCUUAUCUCCUGUGCUUGAUCAUGCGCUGUGCAUGUGCCAUCAGUGUGCCUGCACUGAGUAGACCCCCAAAUACAGCACUGAGGGAGAAAUACAGAUAAGGAGAAGACGGCUGGACUUCACCUGCUAUGAUUGAUGCCUAAUGGACAUUUCUGUUCAUGUGUGUGUCCAUGGAAAAUAUACAGAAACUGUGAUGGACCUUGCAUUUAACACUUU